CGGGGUGAUCAGCUCGUUCUGCACUAUUGUAUCUUUACAGCAAGACUAGACUAGGUCUAAACAUACGUACCAGUGAGAGUGAAAUGGAUGCCGAUGAGAUGCAGGGCUGGCUAAACUGUUGGGAGAAGGACACAGCACCUUGGCACAUUCAUCAUGUACACGAAGCUAUAGAGAAGUAUCAUGAAAUAUUGGCAGCGUCACCAACAGCCAAGAACAAAAUCUUCAUACCUCUGUGUGGGAAGACUGUGGAUAUCAAAUACCUGGCAGACCGCGGGAACGAGGUUGUGGGACUGGAAGCUUCCGAAAUAGCAGUGAGAGAUUUCUUUACAGAACAAAAUAUCGAAUACACCUCGGAGGACGUCCCUGCCGUGAAAGGAAAAUUAUACCGGUCAAGUGACAAAAUGAUCAAGAUAUACUGCUGUGACCUGUUUUUAUUUUCUGCUGAAGUAGAAUCUGGAUUUAGUGGUAUCUGGGAUCGAGGCUCUCUGAUUGCUAUGUCACAAGCAGACCAGAAAAGAUACAUUGGCCUUAUAAAGACACUAACAUAUCCAGGAAUUGGUUACUUGCUUGAAAUGCCUGAUCGUGAUCCGAACAUUGGUCCUCCAUUUUCUGUUCCACUUGAUGUUCUCGAGACAGGAUUCGGACCAGGUUGCAGAGUUGUUCAAUUGUCAGAAGUGGUAAAAAAUCCACCGGAGUUUCUCUCCAUGCCUGGCGUGAAAGGAAACCACGUCUAUCGUAUUUCCUUUCAAUAAGACUAUUAAAUACAUGGCAGGCUGUCCUAUGUACUAUUGAUUAAUACAUCAAUGUCUAUUACCAUUGUAUAUACAUAACUUUUUAUAUAUUCUAUUCAUUAAUACAGUAGUUAUACAUAAGACAUUAUAUACAAUUAGAAAAUUGGAAAAACACCAGAUAUCGACGUUAUUUAACUAGCUUAAGCCGAAAUACAUCAAUACGUAAUAUAUAACAGCACAAUUAAAUGCACCUCCUCUGUCUAAUUCACAACGUUGCCUUGUGUAAGUUUGCAUCUUUCAAUUGUAACUCUUUUGCGCAAAAUAAA